GCGGUCAUACGUGCCUCGUCUAGGAUUCAGCCGAAGGAAUCGGAGAGAACUAUCGGGGAGAGCAGCCGAGGCGUCGGUUCGUGGUGCUCGGGACAGAGCGCUGAACACGCAGAGGCAGCGUCCGGCUGAGCCCCGUUUAUAGUUAACUGUCAACCCGCAGUUCUUUCCCCCUGAACACCAGGGGAUGGGGGAAUGACCAGCGGCGACUCCUUUCCUCCUCCUCCUCCUCCUCCUCCUCCUUCUCCGCAUCCUCCUGCUGCUCCCCCCUCGCUCGGUCUCAGUGUCCGCUGUCAGCCUGUCGGAGCUCUGCCCAGGAUGCGGACUCCGCUGCUCGGCCAGGCUGCGGUGUUUGCGGCGUUGUUGGCUCUGUCCUCCGGCCUGACAGGAUCACAUCUGUGCCCUCGGAGUUUAGACUGUGCCCGUGAAGGACGACACUUCUGCCGACCGGGCAGCUCAUACUGCGGGCCCUGCCUGCACCCUCUGGUGGAGAACUCCCAUGGCCGCUGUGUGGUCAAGAGGAGACAUCCUCAUCACUCCACUCAGUCCAGCAAAGGUAAGGUGAGCACCUACCCAGAGCUGGACGAGGAGAUCGACUUCCUCUCUGCAAUCAUCAGUGAGCAGAGAACGGAGUCUAAGCUGCCAGCUCCGCCCUCGCAGGAUGUCAAAUCUGGCUCUGUGCAUGGAGCGCCUUCCACAGAGCAGCCCACGGUACAGAGCGUCCCCUCCACCAACGCAUCUCCACCCAUGACUACCACCACGAACCACACCCCUGCUUUGCUCAUCCACCCCAUCAUCCUCCCCUACCACUCCAAUGACCACGUCUUCAUCGCCAUGAGCAGCGUCUUCAUUGCGGCCGGUUUGUUGGUGUUCAUUGCAGCAGGAGCCUGUUGGGUGAGAUUGCAAAAAGGGGUGCGUCUAACUCAGAAGGUGGACUACCGUGCAUACGGACUAAUGAGAGCCCAAACCUUUGACAAUCUGCCUGGAGACAGGAACCUGGCCCACAGUGCCCAGAUGUACCACUACCAGCACCAGAAGCAGCAGAUGCUCUCCCUGGAGAAACACAAGGAUGAGCCAAAAGUUCCUGACUCAGGGGCAUCAACAGAUGAGGAGAAUGAGGAUGGAGAUUUCACAGUGUAUGAGUGUCCUGGGUUGGCACCAACAGGGGAGAUGGAGGUGAAGAACCCACUGUUUGACGACUCCACCCUUUACGUUCAGAGAUUCCACAAGUAAUCCUGGACACUGAGGCAUUUCACACUCCAAAUGCAGCACCCGUGUGUAGAAAUGGUUGAAUUUACACACUCCACAUAGACUGCUGUGCUCAGUCCAACCCUUUAAAUGGACAGGAUGGAAAGAGUGAAGUAGCCUGCAUGGAGGAGAGAGAGGAGAGACUCUUGCUUGAAGUAGGACUGAAACUGGGACCAACCCUUCCCAUUUGGUUUUAUGACACCAACCUUAUUUCCUUGUUUUGUUCACAAAUUUGCUGUUAGUCUCUACCUAAGAACUUCUUCUGGUCAGGCUGCAGACAAACUUAUUAUAUCUGAAAAGGUCUGGUCAUGUAGGAGGCACUGGUGACACAGAGGUUUCUAGUAAAUUCUCCUUCUUCCGUUGAGUUCUCACUGCAGGCUUUUUUUUUAUUUCAGUAUUUUAAAGAAAAACAAAUGCUGUUUUAAUAUUCCAUGAGCACACCUCCAUGCCGCACCGUGAACUGUAUCAGUAUGUUGCUGUAUGUACCUAUUGUGAUCUCAGUCUAGUUCCUCUGUCCAUUAACUGAUAACGCCCUGUAAGAAACCUGAGAGACAAUAUGCAUUUACAAGUUUCUUGUGCAAACUUGCUAAUGGAAGAUUUAUACACACAUUCUUAUAUAUACAUUAUAUAUAUAUAUACACAUACACACACACACACACACCUUGAAUGAUUUCAAAGGAAUUUGAAACUUCUUUAUCUGAGCUCUGAAACAGAGUCUGUCUGUAUAUAGGGUACCUGGCUAACAUGGCUUGUCCCCAUGGUUUUGUGAUUUGUAUAUAGCUGCUAAUGUGUACAGGACAUCCACCUUCCGUCUUAGUCUGCGGGUUUGUUUACACAUUCCUCUCGGUUCCUUAGUGCUGUGUCUUUUAGUAUUUGCAGUGUCAGAGAGUUAGACCUGUUCAGGUUUUUAAAAAAGUUGACCCAUUUGUUUGAAUGAAAGCAUUUAUACAGGUAGGUACAGGAGGUAUAAGCAAGUUUCCACACAAUAGUACAGUGCUUAACAUGGCUUUUAUUAGAAAGGUUUAAAUUCUGCAUUGAGCAAAAGAAAAGGAAAACAUUCAAGCAGUCAAUCAAGAAACUUCCAAUAUCCACUCAAGGCUUAUUUUCAUUAAUCAUAACAUGUACGCAUAUUUGAGAAUAUUUCAGGUGAGACACACUCUUUCUGAUAUGAAAAUAGUCCCUACUCGUCCAAGCAUUUCCAUUAAAAGCUUGGAAGCUGCAAAUUUCACAGUGAAGCAUUUCAGAAAAACACCCCUGUUCGCUGUUAGCAGGCAGAUACUGGUCUAACCCUUUACUUGAAGGGGAUGUUGUCCUUUGUCAUGUGUGUUAUAACCCUAUCAGCAACAACAAUAAAACCAGUGGAGUGAAAAACAUCCCUCCCCUAAACCCAAAGGCCCCCACUAACACAGGACACCCUCAGAAGACUCGUGUCCAUUCCCAUAUUAACUCAUUUGGACACAAAAUAUUAGGCAAGUGGUUGUAAUGUUGCUGCUCAUCUGUGUACACACGGUUUUAUUAAUUUUUUUUAAUUUAAACAUUGUCAUCUGUGGAUGAUGGAUUACACUAUUAUUACUAAGUCUCCAGUUGAGGAGGUACACCAGUCUAAGACUAAAGCAGCCCUACAUGUAUGCUGUGAUACUCUUAAACUGCAUCAUACACAGAUUUGUUUGUGUUGUUUAAUCUGGCCUCCUUCAUUUCAGCGAACAACAAAAACACUUCAUCCAACAAUCACCAAUCUCUUGUCAUCACGGUAGGCUCUGACUGAAUGUAUACAAUCAGAUAAAAGGAUAUAAAGAAUGCACAGAUCAACAUCUGUCUUUCCAGUCUCAUGUCAGUGGUCUGCCACGUCAGAGCCAUUUAGUUGGAAACAGAUUCAACAAUAAACCCUGCAAAGGAUUUGAUUGGUCCAACAGAUCGUCGCUGGAGCGUCCGUUCCCAGCAGAGGGACUCCAGGCCAAAUAGUAGGUGGGGUUAGGGUUUUAACAGGAACAUCUGUCUGUUUCUGUUUCUGUUUCCCACCUCAAAAUCACAUGACUACGGACAGAUUAGCUGUGAUUGGAGGAAUCAGCUUUCUGUCUCCAGUGAAAGGUACUGUAACAACUCACUGUUGGCCAGAGACUUCAAUCUCAGGAUGUGACCACCGACUUUCCACCACAAAUUCUAAACAAUCAUGUAGGCGCGGGAAGUUGGUCUGCCUUCCAGGCUGUAUGGAUGACAUUAUGUAGAGAUUGUUUCCUGUUGUGAAUCCCUUAUGGAUGUUAUUUUAUUAAAGUUGUUCUUCUCACCUAGUGUACAUUAUAUAGUCUGUAUAGGACUGGGUGUACAGAACCACCUUUCUGUAUGCUGCAUAUCACCCUGUCACAUAGAUUCCACUAUACACCCUGGAGGACUCUUCAGAUACAGUAACCCCAGACAUAUCUGUGGCCUCUUGCCAUCGUCUCUCAGGAAAGCCACUCUCUGUGGCUCCUCUCUUCUGCCUGCUCCUACGCCCUCACUAAACUCUACUUGAUCUGCACACAUACACCAACAUGUCGAUAUGUAAAAAGGAAAAAUAUCUACAGCCCGUACCAGGGAGUAUUAUCACCACAGCUCUUUAAUUGUGUUGUAAAGCCUGUUUUAUUCAAAGCUGCCGAGCUUGUGGAACAAAAUGAUGGAGCGGUUGGAGGGUUCUCAUGUUGUUUGCCUUGUUUUUUCUUUUUUUUUUUUUUUUUGGCUGUAGCUAUGCUUUCCCUUAACCGCCUGAGAGCUAAAUAAAAACUGAGCUGGUUGUCUCUAGAACAAGUUGCCAAGGCUGGCUGGCUUUGAUACAGACUGUUUUUCCGAUUACAACUGAUAAGUUCUGUAUACUAAGGAGAACUUCUUUACCACCAUGUUUAGCAUGCAUGUGGAUAUACCAGAGCUGAAAUGAAGGUAAUAAAUAUUUAUAUAAUCUGAA